AUGUUUUCGAGCCACUGCAGGUCAUCUUCAGAUGGAAGUGUUGCAGAAGCAUUAUCUUGUGGACCACGUGUCCUGGUGAGUGCACUGCACUGUAGUGAUGGGCUAAACUGCGAUUUUCCGCUAUCAGUGAUUUCUGUGAAUGCUACUUUUCAGUGUCUGCUAUUCUUAACUGAGAUUUGCCGCAGUUCAGAGUCGCAGUUAAAGAACGUAGGUUGCGUAUCCCUCCGCCACUGCUAUUUCUGCUACUUCCGCGAUUUCUGUGACUUCUGCUACUUCUGUGAUUCUUGCUACUACUGCGAUUUCUGCGACUUACCACCGUAUGAAAAAGCUACAGCUGCUCACACAGAAAAUUGCAUCUCAACAAAUCUGUCAUUGAUCUGGAGAAAUUGCCACUGCGUCUUUAGACCGUUUUCGUCAGACGAGAGACACAGUUCUGACUCUUGAUUACUGGUUGCUGUACGUAUCUAUCCACAUCAAGGCUAUUGAGAGAGACUCGUGAAGAUUCAAGACAGCUCUUAGAGGAUUUGCAGUUUAUAAGUGACAUAAUUGUGAAAUACGUGUGCAGAUGAGUGAUUAAACUGUGUUUUAUUGAAGUUGUUAUGCUAUUUUAAAGGAAUAAUAAAUGUUAAAUA